UCUUCCAUAUCCGAUAAAAGUACGUAUAAAAGUGGUGGAGCGAUUUCUCGGCGCGAUUUCGGCAACGUCGACGACCUGCUGGCGCGAGGGGGGAGAAAGUCGCGCGCGUUCACCACCCAUCGUUCCGCGAAAAACCGGCGUUCCUCGAUUGUUUCAGACACCGCGAUGGAUUUUCAAUUCGGCGAGGGUCGCGAGUGCGUUAAUUGCGGGGCUAUAUCGACGCCGCUUUGGAGGAGGGACGGCACCGGGCAUUAUCUGUGCAACGCGUGCGGACUCUAUCACAAGAUGAACGGAAUGAACAGACCGCUGAUAAAGCCGUCCAAACGGCUGACAGCCACCAGGCGUUUGGGUUUGUGCUGCACGAAUUGCGGUACCCUCACUACCACUCUCUGGAGGCGCAACAACGAAGGCGAACCUGUUUGCAACGCUUGCGGUCUCUACUUUAAGCUGCACGGCGUCAACAGACCUCGCGCGAUGCGCAAAGACGGUAUUCAGACGCGAAAACGAAAACCGAAGAAAACGCCCGAGUCGAACGUCAGAUCGUCCACGGUGGAUCACGAAACAACCGCCGUCUCGGCCGCUUCUUCUCCGUCCACGGAAUUGAAGGGUAGUCAACAGCAGCAACAGCAGCAACAGCAGCAACAGCAGCAGCAACAGCAACAGCAACAGCAACAGCAACAACAGCAGCAACAUCAAAUCGAGGUGUCCAAAUCGACCGCCGGUGGCGCGUCCAGUUCGUCGGACAGACCGGUCUAUCUCGGGCAUACGUCUCUAUUGGCGACCGGAAGCGUAGCUACCGUAAAAACCGAACCGCGAAGUUGCGACGGCAUUGUCGGUCAACCGUAUUCCUCGUAUUACCAGCAUCCUCAUCAACUGGGGGUGGCGACCAGCGAGCAUCAACAGCAAACGUACUACGGGAGCCAGGAAGCUCCCUAUCAUCAUCAACAUCACGUUACCGCGGCUGCCAAAUUGUUAGCCUCCACGUAAUUUGAUCUCAACGUCGAAGAAUCGACGGGACGAUGUCCGCGAUGCGCCAAUCGCCGACGCGAAACGGACGACGAGCGCGUUCGUUCGUCGUUGUCGUGCGUUGCUCGUUUCGUCGCAUUUCGUUUUUCGUUUCUCGCUCGUCCGUUGUCGUUCGUCGUUGUCGCGUUGCCGCGUACGUUACGCGCAAUAUACCGUACGCGACCGAUAAGCGAACCGGCCGAAUGGAUAAGCGAGGUUUAUGCUUUCGUCGAUCGUUCGUCGACGAUUCGCCGCCGUAUAUUUAGUUUUCUCGUCGUCUUCGUCCCUCGAAAAGAGAAAAAGGAAACGUCGUGGCGACCACACACUAGGUGCUAUCGACCGACUUUCAUCGAUUUCGGCGUCGUGACACGGUCGUUCUGACACGUUUGACGCUUACGUUCGUCGAACGGUAUACAUGUAUUCGCCAACGAAAGGUACUCGAUUGUAAAUAAAAAUCGCGAGUCGAUUCGUAAUCGACGUAGAUUUCUACGGUAGACUAGUUUUAGAGGCGUGUCGACGAUUUGAUCGACCGAUAGAUCGCGCAUGGAACGCGGCGAAUCCAAGGCGCGCGAACGACCUAUCCGCUUCGAAGAAAUGUCAGCUUUUUUGUACAGUUCCUGUAUGAUUAGUUUUCCGACGCGCAAUAAAGAGAAUAGCUUUCGA